AUGGUGAAGAUUCGUUCUUCGCUUGAAUUCCUCAUCUUCCACGAAGCCAAAGAGCGGAAGGAUAUUCUACAGCCUCUCUUCUCUAGGCGGGCAAUAAUAGAGAUGCAAGAUCUAGUCCACGAGAAUCAGCUCGAGCCAUUUGCCACGUUCAAACACUUUAGCCUUACACGCAAGUUGGUUAUGGGUCUACCAUCAUGGGUCAGCAUCAAAGUGAGUCCGAAGACCUCAGGGCUUGUCCACUUGCAGCAGAUUCUCGGGAAACAAGUAGUGGACAUAUGUAAAAAUCCAAAGCUACUGGAUGAUACGCCUCACAAAAUUAUGAAGCAUAAGCUGCUCCGGCUGGAAGCGAACAAGGAACGUCCUGGAGUCCUCUCAACACUUCUUCGAAUAGACCCACCUUUAGGUGCCAUAAUCAGCUCUGCAUUUAUACCUGGCGGAGACGCUAUCGAUAUGCAGAUUAUCGCCGGUAUGAGCGGCACAUUGGUCCACGAUGCCGAAACCAUCUUCCUAUAUGCAAAUCCUUUUCAGCCCCGAUCGCUGGCUUGA